UGUAAACAAAUAAGACGUGCGAACGCAACAACAGCAGGGAAACGCAUUCUUGAGUCGGCUUUUCUCUUCUGUUCAGUCUCCGAAAGGAAGCAGGAGAGGAGAAGCUGAAAUACGGAAAUUUGAAAAUAAGAGGCCACAGAAGAUAUAGUUUUUUCCACUGAAGUCAGAACCAAAGGAGAAGAAGCAUUAGAGGGAGCACGCAUUCCUUUCGUCGGCAUUUCUCUAGAAGCUGAAGUAGCUGCAUUCCCAUCAUCUUUCACUCAUUCCUUCAUGGUAAAAGCAGGGAAGGAGUGAAACAGUAUCACCCGUUGCAAAAGGGUGGUCUUUUUCUGUUUUUUAGAUAUCCUUCUAUCUCCUGGAGCCCUCUAGUACGAAGACAAAAUGUUCAAGAAUACGUUCCAGAGUGGAUUCCUUUCCAUUCUCUACAGCAUUGGAAGUAAACCACUGCAGAUAUGGGAUAAAAAGGUCCGUAAUGGUCACAUCAAGAGGAUAACUGAUAAUGACAUUCAGUCUCUCGUUCUUGAAAUUGUUGGUGUAAAUGUAAGCACCACCUACAUCACGUGUCCAGCAGACCCGAAGAAGACAUUGGGAAUAAAGCUUCCUUACCUCGUCAUGAUCGUCAAGAAUCUCAACAAAUAUUUCACCUUUGAAGUUCAGGUUUUGGAUGACAAGAAUGUUCGACGACGAUUUCGUGCAAGCAACUACCAGUCAACAACAAGAGUGAAACCAUUCAUCUGCACAAUGCCCAUGCGUCUUGAUGAAGGCUGGAACCAGAUAGUGUUCAACCUUGCUGACUUUGUUCGAAGGGCUUACGGCACAAAUUAUGUAGAGACCCUCAGAGUCCAGAUUCACGCAAACUGCCGCAUCAGACGAGUCUACUUUGCAGACAGACUGUACUCAGAGGAAGAGUUACCAGCAGAGUUCAAACUUUACCUCCCAGUUCAGACUAAAGCCAAGUCUGCUAUGUAAAAAUCAUCUUCGAAUUUCUCUCUGAUGAUCUUACAACAUUUAUAUAAAUAGAUACUUGUAUGAUAUAGGCAUUGGUCAGUAAAGUGAUUAGAUUAUAUAUUUUAAAAAGAAUAGAAAUGUGUCACACCAGUUCCACUGUUUACAUUUUUUAGUAGAUGUGUCCAGCCUUGAGGGUAGCCCUUUCUACUACUUGUUCCUUUUGACAGCUGAAUAUACAUAAAUAUUUUAUAUCAGGCCUUUCAUACACUUUCCUGACUACUUAUGAUUUCUUUGUGAUAUUGAGAGAUAAAGCAAGGUAACUGCUUUUGUAGUCAAUAUAUUUUGUAUUUUCAGUAUUGCAUGUAGUUUUGGAGCUAAGAAAAUAUGAUCUAAAUGAAUAUACAAAUAGAAGGGAUAUACUUAGUCUGUCAUAUCUGUGUACAGGUAUUCAUGUUGACAGUGUUUUUUGAUUCACAAGUUAUUAUGCAAAGAAAUCGUUUUGUCAAUUCAUUUGAAUAUUUUAGGUUACUUGUUGUUUAUAACUUGAAUUGUAAAACAAAAAUAGUUUAAAAAAGGGUAUUAUUCAUUACAAUGGUAAUUUCCUUUAUAUCAAUGUAACUGUUCAAUUAGCUUACAUGAGUUUGUGUGUCAUGUACCGUCUUGUAUUUAGUUAGCUGAGUUUGACUGUCUUCCCAUUAUCAAUUAACUAUUACUCAACAGGACUGCCUACAUCAUACACUGAUAAUUUUAUUCGUGUUCACAGUGCCAGAUAUUUAACCAAGCAACUGCACAGACAAGAUCUUUUGGGGGAUAAAAAGAAAUGGAAAAGAUUGUAAAGAUAACAACAUUUUUCAUGGGGAAAAUCAUAAUAUACACCAUGAGACUGGAAUCAUGUUUCUUUUUUCCUUGUUUGUCUUCUCUGCCUUAUUUGGCAUUCAGAUUUACAUUAUAUAUGCAAUCAAAGAAUUCAAUUACUGUUUUUACUCUAUUGUAUGUAUUUGUUCUAAGUCUCCUCAAUUUCUUUCUUUCCCUUUACCCCUUUUGAAAUUUGUUCAUUAGUUUACUUAUAUUCAAGAUAUAACAAUAAAAAGCACACUGUCACAAGA